GCCUGCUGUUGCCUGCAUUAUAUUCGUCUUUCUUCUGUUGUGCACGCUGUGUUAAGACACACAGACUUGGUGGACGGAAUAAAGAGGAAGAAGAAGAAGGAACAGACCCAUUACUGUUUAUGAUAACAUUUCUGGACAACCGAAGCAAUAUUCUUCACGGACAUGUAUAUUACCUGAGUCGAUUCUCUCGGAGAGCAAAAUUCAAGUCCUUACGUAAAACAAAAACACACCUAUGUAAAAAUCAAGCAGUUAUAACCUUUCCCAGAGACCAGUGCAGGCACUCAAGCGGUGUCAGCGACACCUGUUCUAGUCGAAGUGGCAGCACUGAAAGUGUUAGUCGCGAAAUUCCAUCAAGCAAAACAAGGGUUACAGUUGUCCACAACCCAACAAAUUCAACGAUAUUUAAUAGCAGAGACGUAUCUCAAUUCGAGAGGAGUAACUCAGACAAAAAUAACAGAAGAGCAUCCCAAUACGAAAGGAGUACUUCAGAGAGAAAUCAUCACUGUUUCCCUCACAGACUUGGCCGAAAUAUUGGCACGCUGUUCUGUAAAUCCAAAAUGUUACGUUUGGGUGUGUUGCUAUUAGUUUUAAUAAUUUGGGUUGGUGUAACCUAUUCAGCAAUAAAGAAUCAAUCAGUGGGUAACGGAGGUCAGUUGAAACAAGCUAACAACACAUAUCACCCAUCACACCAGUUGCAGGAAUCAGCGCGUCUCAAUUCCAUACUGGUUUCUGAGUUCAAGAAAGCUAUCAAGACCACACACACAGCCCGAGAGUUGAUACGACUAUUUGCAGGCAAGGACGCCACCAGGGAACAGAUUGAUCGCUUACUCGGCUACGAGCUAGAACGCACAUACUCAGACAGAGGACGGUUUCCACGCAUGAUGAGUGGCUACGAUGAUGUUAUAUCAGGACUGGACAAAGCGUUGUCUCAUGUUCAAGAGAUGUCAUCAUCGCCGUUGCAUAGAUGUAAACAUCCUCGACCAGAAAUUGUCUAUAUUCAAGACAACGAAGCUAAAAAUCGUGUCUAUUUCCCAUCAUGCACAGUCAUCCAUCGAUGCCGUAAUGUAACCGGAUGUUGUUCGAAUGCCUCGGCUGUGUGCGGACCAAAGAGGGUGAAGAUCAUUAGCAAAUAUUUUGUGGUCAGACUUAUGGUCAAAAUCAUUCAAGCUGUGACUAUUCCAUUCUAUUUUAAGAGUUUGCACACUUCGACCGGCAAUGAUAAAAUGUAUGGGCUACAGUCUGGGCUACAGUCUGGGCUACAGUAUGACAUAUUUCGCUACCCAGUCAAUUAUUGCAGUCAAACAACUGCAGAUGUUCUUGUUCUUGUUGUGAUCACAGCAAAGGCUGACAUUGUAGGUUCGGUCAGAGACGAUCAUUUCUGUUCUUCUACAGUUAAUAUCGAUAGUGGCUCAACACAACAGUUUGUAGUCCGUUUUGUGCACAUUCGUGGGAACGUUAUUUUCUGUGUUCGUACAUAUCGGGAAAAAUUAUUCCGUGACGAAGUUAUAUUGGUACAGCGACAUUUAAAUAAUGACCGUCUUGUCUUCUUCAUUGACGCAUUACAUUCACUUGAAAUUAUUGACUAUUAG